ACCUCGCUCCACCUCAUAACACUGGAUUCCUGGAAGCACCGGAAAUUCUGCUACCCUCCCCACACAACUCCUUUCGCUCACCACUACCACGGGGACAUUCUAAGCAACCAUGUCUUCAAUUAUUCGUCAUUCCUCCCGCCUGGGGAUCCGUACUGCUAACUUUGUUCCCCCGAGGGGCCGAAAUGCCUACGCUACGGCUGCUCCCUAUUUCAACAACGAACCAAGUCAGCCCUCUGUGAUGACAUCAAUCCCUGGACCUGUUUCCAGGAAAGCCAUCGAGGAAUUGGAUCCUGUGUUCGACAUCAGGAGUUUGAACAUGCCAUGCGAUUACGAAAAGAGCGUUGGGAAUUAUCUUGCUGACAUGGAUGGCAAUGUGAGUUUGUCGACCCCUGAGAACACUGCGAUAUAUGAUUCGCCUGUAUUUACUGACAGGCGAUUCUGAUGCCAAACAGAUGCUGCUCGACGUGUUAGUUAUGCAUUGCAUUGAACUGAAAUCCGUCUGGUUUUUCCUGAUCAACACUGCUAACCGGGAAUUUCUCUAUUGGCUUAGGUAUGCUCAGAUUGCUUCAAUCCCAGUCGGUUAUAAUAACCCUCGCCUCGCUGCAGCCAUGUCCUCCAAAGAGGCCGUCAAUGCUCUUGUCAAUAGGCCUGCUCUCGGUAAUUUUCCUCCUGGAUACUGGGCUUCUCUCCUGAAGACCGGGAUACUCGCGGUUGCACCAAAGGGCUUGAACCAGGUAUUCACUGCCAUGGCUGGAUCUGAUGCAAUUGAAACCUCUUACAAAGCUGCAUUUAUUUACAGACGACGUAUGGAGCGUGGCGAAGGCGCUGAUUUCACUCCUCGGGAGAUUGAGAGUGUCAUGAAAAACCAAGCUCCCGGGUCUCCCAAGUUGGCGAUUAUGAGCUUCAGGAAGGCUUUCCACGGUCGAUUGUUUGGAAGUUUAAGUACUACCAGAAGCAAGCCAAUUCAUAAGCUUGAUAUCCCUUCUUUCGAUUGGCCCCAAGCUUCGUUCCCUCAGUUGAGAUACCCUUUGGAGGAUAAUAUUGAAGCAAACAGGGAGGAAGAAGAAAAAUGCCUAGCGGAAGUUGAAAGUUUGAUAAGUUCUUGGCAUUGCCCGAUUGCUGCGAUUGUCGUUGAGCCUAUUCAAUCUGAGGGCGGUGACAAUCACGCAUCUCCGACCUUUUUUCGGGGCCUAAGGGAAGUGACGCAGAAAAAGGGCGUUCUGCUUAUUGUCGACGAGGUUCAAACAGGUGUUGGAGCGACUGGCAAGUUCUGGGCUCAUGAGCACUGGGAUCUUCAAACUCCACCGGAUAUGGUUACUUUCUCUAAGAAGGCUCAGACUGCGGGUUACUAUUUUGGAAAUCCGUUGCUGAGGCCGAAUUUGCCAUAUCGUCAAUUCAACACUUGGAUGGGAGAUCCUGUUAGAGCGAUCCUUUUUCGUGCCAUUAUCCAAGAAAUUUCAAAGCACGACCUGGUUAAAAACACAGUUAGUCCUGUCCUUGGUAUCCUCUGUGAUGGGCGAUCAUUGGCUAACUGCUCCAAUCGACAACCUAGGCCGAGACUGGAGAUUAUCUCUAUAAAGAGCUUGAGAAGCUUGCUUCAAAGUUCCCGGAAAGGAUCCAAAAUCUUCGUGGAAAGGAUCGCGGAACCUUCAUUGCGUUCGAUACGCCUAGGAGAGAUGCAUUCUUGAAGAAGAUGAAGACUUGCGGAGUCAACAUCGGCGGUUCCGGAGAGACCGCUGUGAGGCUAAGACCUAUGCUUAUCUUUCAAAAGCACCAUGGUUAGUUUUCAUGGCCCCGUCAUACCCUGUACUAGGCUCAUACUUACACGGUUAUUAUUUGUUGUUUUAGCAUCUAUUCUGCUUGAGAAGUUGGAACUGGCGCUCAAGGAGAUCUGAGAGAUGAAUCUGCAAGUAUUUCUCAGGGCUCACUCAUAAUUAACGAGGGAUGAGGUGGUUUUCCCUGUACGUAGCGCUUUGUUUCUUUCUCAGGGUUUGUUGCAUCAAACAAAACUCUCUCCGUGAUCGGAUAGGUGGUCGGUACGAGUAGAUUGGAUCGGGAAAUGGUGAUCCAUCCUUCGCCAACAACUUCGGAAAGAAUAGUUCACGCACGAUCACUCGUAGGUACCCCCCCUCACAUUGGGUUGAUGGCGUCCCGACAUGACAAAUAUCUGCCGUCGGUUUCCGGGAAUGCGAUAUCUCAAAUCCUGCACCCCUAGCGACUCGUCCUUGUUUUUCAUUGGUGCGGUAAUGUCCAACUCAUGCGGGCUCCUCCUCGGUUUUCGGUAUUUCGAAACACUCUGAAGAAUCAAUGCCUCUUCCGUCGGCGGAGGAAAGUGGAGGCAGUAUGCAGAAGGGGGGGCGAUGCCACGGUAAAAUAUAACGACAUUGAAACGCCCCCUCCGGCCCGGUCUGUGUGUGUGGUUACCCAAGAACUGCAAGUACCACGGAGUCAAUUUGUGUCGCUAUUGCCGAUUGUCAGCAAAUCAAAAGAGAGCCAUACCGUCAUCCCCCCGAAGUCCCGUAGUUGGUCGACGUAGAAUCUGGUUUCCAAGAGCGCACUGACCUUUUAUAGCGGAUACUACGAGUACAAACCCCCGCGAUGGCGAUUACGGGUCGAUCGUUCUUCACCGGGUUAGGGUGUGGUCUGUUGCCUGCAACUUGAUUGAUGCCGAUUUGAUGGUGGGGUCGUGUGGGGAGAAGGAAGGGAGGGAACGAGGAUGCUUUCCUUGGGAGAGAAGAAAGAAAAAAAAAACUCUACUCGAGCACAUAGCAUAGCAUAAACAUUUCUACAAUAGUUCUUUCCAUUAUUAUUAUUUUACUAUCCCUUUUACCGGAACCUUU